AUGGCCGCCGGCGUGAUCAGGCCCCUGUGCGGCUUCCCGCUGCCCCUGCCAUCCCACCAGCCCUUCCUGCCCCCGCCCCCGAGCCCCCAGGCGUCCGAGGAGGAGGAGGAGGAAGAAGAGGAGGAGGAGGAGGACCAGAACCCGGGGCUGGAGGACGAAGGGCCGAGCGGCUGCAGCCCGGGGCCCUGGCGCUCAGGGGCCGCCCCGCACGCCCCCGGCAGCCCCGAGACGCCUCUGCGGCUGCUGCGCUUCUCGGAGCUCAUCAGCGGCGACAUCCAGCGAUACUUCGGCCGCAAGGACAAGGGGCAGGACCCAGACGCCCGGGGCGUGCAUGCCGACUGCCGGGCGGAGCCAGAGCGCCUGGCCCCGGGCGGGCCCCUGUCGGAGCCCAGAGAGCCUGAGGGGCAGGCGUGCAGGCCGGGUGCUGGCGGGGCGGGGGCGGCGCCGCUGGGGCCCCUGGCCGAGCUCUUCGACUUCGGGCUGCGCCGCUUCUCGGAGCCCAGCGAGCCGGGCGCGGUGGCCGGGCGCAGGCUGAGGCUGGAGCGCAAGUACGGCCACAUCACCCCCAUGGCCCAGAGGAAGCUGCCUCGGUCCUUCUGGAGGGAGCCGGCGCCCAGCGCCCUGGGCCUGCUCCCUCCGGGUACCCCGGACUUCAGCGAUCUGCUGGCCAGCUGGUCGGCGGAGGCCGGCCCCGAGCUGCCGGGCACCCAGGCCCUGGAGGGGCCACAGCUGGCCGAGGCCUAG